CUUUCUCGGGCGCUUUAUGCCAAGGGUAGGGAGUGUGCAUAGGCGGAAAUUUACGUUUGCUUGAAGCUUUCUUGUCGGAAGAUCAUACUGACACUUUUCAUUUCCUUUCUAAACAUUUUUAUUAAGAACAUUAUUCUGUAAACUCUUGGAUAACCACAUUGCAACGCUUUCUAUCACUUCAGAUAAGAUGAUCGACACAGUGCCAUCCCCCGCGGUCCAGCCCUUCUCCGCCCAGCUGCGCACGUUGACUGAGCUGGAGUCUCGCUACCAGCCGAAACUCACGGGCCUGCGGGUGAUUGAGAGCGCCAGCGACAACGGGCUGAGGAUGACGGUGCGGCUGAGGGAGUGUGAGGUGAAGGACCUGCUCUCUCUCACCCGGUUCUUUGGCUUCAGCUCGGAGACCUUCUCCCUGGCCGUCAGUCUGCUGGAUCGGUUCCUCUCAGUCAUGAAGAUCCAGCCCAAGCACCUGUCGUGCGUUGGCCUCUGCUGCUUCUACAUUGCCAUCAAGUCUUCAGAAGAGGAGAAGAACGUUCCCAACGCCGCCGAUAUGAUCCGCAUCAGCCAGAACCGCUUCAGCGUGUCGGACAUGGUCCGCAUGGAGAGGAUCAUCCUGGAGAAGCUGCUGUGGAGGGUGAAGGCUCCCACCGCACUGCUCUUCCUGCGCCUCUUCCACAGCUACGUGCAGGAGCAGCUGGGCUCUGACGGCCAAGAGGUGCUGAGGAUUGAGAGACUGGAGGCUUUGCUGAAAGCUUGCCAUUGCUCGUUCGUCUUCUCCAAAGUUAAGCCCUCUCUGGUGGCCCUGGCUCUGCUGGUCCUGGAGAUCCAUGAGGAACACAACGGCGAUCACGUCCACAAGCUACUGGAGGCUGUGCAGUCCCUCCAGCAGCUCCUGAGUGUCAGAGACGGGGACCUGGUGUGUGUGCGGGAGCUGGUGGCCAAGUGUCUGGUGGAGUACUCCACCACCAGGCGCUCCAGGCCCAACAGCCAGAGGCUGCGCUGGGUGAUCUCAGGACGGACAGCCCGGCAGCUGAAGCACAGCUACUACAAGAUCACCCACAUGCCCACCAUCCCAGAGUCUGGCUGCUGAACCCACCAUCCCAGAGUCUGGCUGCUGAACUCGCCCGAGCUGGAGGCGUAUAUGGCCACAUUUCCUACUAAGAAAUAAGCCUCCUACCACCGCCAACUAUUUCCUUACAGUACUGCAUUAUGGAUGGUGGAGUUCUUUAAGGAAAUGCCAACUUCUAUUUUCUGUUUCUAUUGUUCUUGUUUAUCCCCCCCACCUACCUCCUAAGUUUCUGUGAUGCAAUUGUUCUUUUUGGAUAAGCUCACUAUGACAUCACAUCUGUCUUGGGCAUGUCUUGUUGCCCCCUAGUGAAGGAUUUCCUUCCAGGUUGAAUUGCUUGCACAAGUGUACAGUUAUGCUCUGAUGUUAAUCAGUGUGAGGAUGUUUUCUGAGACGUUCUGUAGCAGCGGUUUCAGUUAAGCGAUGAAGAAUCUAGAACCACCUAGGUCCUCAAGCCACCAUGUGGAAGAGGAGGGAGAAGGGUUUUGUGAAGUGCACUAAUAAUGGAACCAAGAAAUCGGGCCCAAAACCCUUCACUCCCACCCUAGGUUGACUUGUCCUAAAUGCACACUCCUACCCAAGGUGAUGAAAACAAACUUUUUUUUUUUGUGGUUUCCUCAGUGAUGGAGGAGCUAGUGUUGAUCUGAAACAUGGUUGAAGCUUGCCUGAUAUAGCGAUGCUGUUUUAGCUCAACUACUCAUAGUUACUUUGCAGACCCCUCCCAACAACUGACAAGAUGUGUAUUAUGGUAGUAUUCAGAAGUUGAACAAAACAUGUUAGAUGUAGACAAUUGUUACCAUUUUAGUAUAUUGUGCCAAUGCAAAGGGCCCCUGAGUUGAUCUAUAUAGGAAGUUAACUUUUUUUUUUUCUUUACAAAUAGUUGAUUUUUCAAAAGGUAUAACAAAUGUUUUGAUCAAUUGGCUUACUACACAUCUGUGCGCCAUACGUACAACCUUUCAAUAAAACUUUAUUGAAAAGCAA